UUUCAAGAUUAAUCUCGGAUGAUCUGGCAUCGCAAGUAUAGUACGAAGUUAUUACUGUGCUCUUCUCAUAAGGAACAUGUACACUGUAUCAAAAGGACCUAGCAAGAUUGUCGCUAAGACAAGAAGAGGAAUUAGUCAGAAUCUUGAGAGACUAGAAACUUUGCGCGAUUUAACGAGAAAAGCAGAUCCUGACGAUGACCAUGAGAUCACCCGCCAUGUUCCAAAACCAGUCUUUCACAUGAAUGGAAAAUCUAAACUCAAUUCACAGAGGCAUCAAAUGCAAGAAGUUAUCACACCUCAACAUGAGGAACUUAUUAAAUUUGUUUAUGAAUCAUGGAACCAAGUUAAUACACGGCAAAGAAGUGAAUCUUCUGAUGGGUCAGAUUGUUCAGAACCUUCCAGUCCUAACUCUAUAGUAUAUUACAAUGAUGGUGAACCAAAUGUUACCCUUCAAGACUUUAAACCAUUUGAUUUGGAAUCAUGGUGGGGUAAACGAUUAUUUAAUAAUAUCACAAAGUCACUUUGA